AUGAAUCCCAACAAUCAUAAUCAACUGAACAUUGAUGAAUUGGACCAGGUCCGUUAUGACCUCUUCCAGGAAGUUAGUUCAUAUAAUGGACCCCUGUCCAAAGACCUUCAAACUCGGCUCAAUCGUUUACCUCGAAAUAUCCGCAAGCAUCUUGUGGAAACGGAAAAUAACGGCUGUUCAUCUCUGUUCACUGCUUGUUGCAGAGGAAACUUUGAAAUCGCCGAGUAUCUGAUAACAAAGUGUGGCGCCAACAUCGAACAACGGGGUAUACUAUUUGACUAUGCUCAUCGCAAGGAUGAGGAGUUCGAGGAUUAUACGGUGUGCUGCCUGUGCUGUGCUGCCACUGUGUGCUGCCUGUGGAGGAGGCCAUCUUCAGCUCGUGAAGUGUCUUGUCAGACUAGGAUGUGA